UGCUUGACAACCAGACAGACGAACGCGAAGAAGAAGAAGCAGCAGAGAAGAGUGUCAGAAGAAAGGAAGGCUUCGGGGCUCGGAAUACGAUGCCGGCGUAGCUGCUAGGUUGUGCGUGUCCCGAUGUUUUAGCGCGCAUCGUCUCCACAAAGAUGCCUUCGUCGCCCAAGCGCAGGAAGGAGCGCGAGCGGCCAAGACGCCGUAAGCGUUCCAGGGACCGCAGCGAAAGAGAUCGAUCCGGAGGGCGGGACCGCAAACGCUCAUCAGAGCGGGAAAGAGACCGGGACCGUGAGCGAGAUCGGGGCCGGCGAAAGUCACGAUCCAGAUCAAGAUCGCGUUCGAGAUCGAGGUCGUACGAACCGAUGCCAUCGUCAUCGUCACGCCGUGCUCCACAGAUGAAGCCCAUGGUACCGGAAUCCGAACUCGAGGGCAAAACGCCCGAGGAGCAGGAGAUGCUUAAGACGAUGGGCUUCUGUGGCUUUGAUACGACGAAAGGCAAAAAGGUGGAGGGCAACGAUGUCGGCGAGGUGCACGUCAUACUAAAGCGCAAAUAUCGACAGUACAUGAACCGCAAGGGUGGAUUCAAUCGGCCGUUGGAUUUUGUUGCGUAGCGGCAUUGCAGAUAUACGGGGGAACGAUGGUGCGAAACACUUGCCAGCCAGUGUCAGCUCGUAGCCGCCAUCUUUUGCCUCUGGUGGAGCUGCUGGCACACGCGUUGUUGACAUGUGCCAUUCGAUCAUCAUCUAUCGGGUCUGCAGGUGCAGAUCUAACCGACUCAGGACCGCUCCCCUCCUCAAAUGGCACUCUAGUGGAUCUAGCCCAUUGACACUUUCUUUGCAAACUAUUCUUUAUCCGUGCCUUUGCCGUCAUCUUGUUACAGGCAAAGCUCGUCGUUUCUCCACCGUACGGGUCCGACUACUAAUCAUCUUCAUCAUUACAGUUAACGUUUUUCCUUUUCGUUUAUCAUUUCUUAACACUCUACGUUUAACCAUCAUGAUGGUAUAUUUAAAUGUCUCCCCACUCACUGCAAACAGCCUUGCGUGCCUGCGACCGUUCGCAAAUGGUUUUGGGUACGAGGUGCGACGCCUCCAUAACCGAACAAUAGUCAACCAACUAAUCACCUCACCUCACACAACACACAAACAAACUGCAACAACGGGUUCCAUAUUACUGCAAUAGUUAAUUUUCAUAUACACCAUAUACAAAAUUUACCACACCACUGCAAUAGCCAAAACGCUACAUCGUAUCACCGCGGGGAGUGACCCCCGGCCAAUGCGCUCCUCAAUGAGCUGAUUCCAAACAUACAUACAUCAACCCCCCAGAUGUGCGACAGCAACUUGAGUCCGUUUGCACUGCUUGCCCCCCCCUACCGUUCUUUACCCUCCCUCCCACAGCAUCACCCAACGGUACGUGAGAUUCGUAGUGCCUUUUCUAACAGUGAAAAGAUCGUGUGGAAAUGCAAGACUUUUUAUGCAUUGUGAAGAAACUGUUGGUGUAGUGUAAGCCAAAAGCAAAAGCAUGCAUUACUCUAGUACAGGGAUUAUAUAAAUUGGGCAAAUUCUUCUACCCUUCCACAGUGCAUUUUGGAUGGAUCAUGCCAAGUUUCUGUCGCACAUCAACUGUUAUAAAUUAUCCGUUUAAUCCCCUCCGCUCCUGACUGACACUCGUUGGCCGUGGGCUGGUUCCGUGCGUGUGAUCGCCAUGUAGCGUCCUUAAUAUACCUCACAAACAAAAAAACCACACCUACACUCACAUCAAACAAUACAAAACAAUAGAUACAAAUACCAGCAAAUUUAAAUAUACCUCAUAACUGUAGCAUAUAAGCAUUAUAAAUAGGUUUACUGUGCUGUAUCGACACUUGAACAGGACCUGUUCUCGUUUUUCUUUCCGUUUCUCACACUUUUGUAUCAUCAUUUAAGAAGAUAUAUUGUAACCGGUUCAAAUACAAACCAAUGAAAUAUGAAGAAGAAAUAAAGGAAAUAAUUUGUUUUGUUUUAA